CCGCCGUACCGCGGCCGCGCCUUUCCCGCGAUGGCGGCGCCCGAGCCGCCGCCGCCGCCGCCGGAGGGCUCCAGGCCGCUGAGCGCGCUGCUGAGCGGCAUCGCCCAGGCCGCCUUCCACGGCACCGCCGGCAUCACCGACGAGCUGCUGCGCGCCCAGCUCUACCCCGAGGCUCCGCCGGAGGAGUUCCGCGCCCUGCGCGCCAAGAUGGGCGGCCUGCUGCAGUCAAUUGCUUCAGCAGACAUGGAUUUGAAUCAGCUGGAAGCUUUCCUCACUGCCCAAACCAAAAAACAAGGUGGCAUCACAUCAGAUCAGGCUGCAGUCAUUGCAAAGUUUUGGAAGAACCACCGGACUCAAAUCCACGAGAGCCUGAUCAAUCAGAGCCGCUGGGAUAAUGUCCUGAAAAACAUGAACUGGAGAGUGGACCUGAAGUCACAGUUGAGGCACAUUGAUCAGAUCAACACUCCUGUUGCAAUAGUUGAAAUGGAACUGGGAAAAAAUGGGCAGUCAGUGGAAGCUGAUCCUCCCUGAGCCUUCCACUCGUGGUUCUCUGCAGUGACCGCUACAAUAAUGGUGUGUGCUUCAGGUUUUUUCCUAACCUCAGAGAAGUGGAGUUUUCUGCUCAGGAUCUUGAGAUUGAAAAUGAUUGUGUUCUAUUAGCAGCAAAUGGAAAAAAA